GUAUUUGCCUUUGUUGGGGUUGUGCUGACUUUGCUGAGUUGCGGUCUUGUGUGUUUUCUUCCCCAGUAUUGGGGACGCAGGCUUGGGACUCUGUUGGAGCCAAGCCUGAUAGUGAUUGUAUGGUCUGGCUUAGGUUGUGGGCUUCUCCGGGCCCUGAUCAAUGGUGACAUUGAGAAUUAAGGAGUUUUAGUUGCAUAGCCUUACAAUGAUAAUGAUGCCAUAACAAGACUGCACUAGGAAGCUAAAUAUGACCUAAAUUAAUGAUUCUGUUUUUUUUUAUUAUUUAGACACUUGAAAUGAUUGUUCCUCAAUAUUUAAAUAUUUAUGUUGAAUGGCAUUAUAUAUAGAACUCAGAUUCUAUUGAAAUAGACAUUGAAGAAAUAGUUCACUCAAUAUCAGUCAUGGAGGAUGACAUGAAACAUGAUUUUACUAAUGAUCUAAAAAAGCUCAUGGAAAUGGAGAAGAUAGGAUGUUCUCUUCAUUCAAAAACACCAGAAAACAUCUGCAUUGGACCAACAUUAGCAGAAGAAAUAGAGGAAAAAAGGUCAAUCUGAUUCAAGAAAUGUCUUCAAACCUAGAUAUGUGUGAUAGAAACACUCCAAGCAAUUACAGAAACUUCUAUCACUCUUAUGAACAUAAAACCUACCAACUGGUUGAUGCAGAGAAACAAUCUAACCAAUUUGAAAUAUGUAGAGAAAAAGUCUCUACUUCAUCAACCUUAAGGAGUCAUGAAUUUAUUUAUUCUACUAGAAGAACACUCAAACAUGAAAUACUUCAGAAAGAAAUGACUCAUUCUACAAGCCUUAAAAAAAAGGGAUCUAUUCAUUCAGGUAAAAAAAGAUUUCAGUGUGAAUUAUGUCAAAAACACUUGAUGUCUAAGGCAACCCUAAGAUCUCACCUUGCAGCUCAUAUUGGAAUAAAAUUCAAAAAAUUAGUUCAUUCAGGUAAAAAAAAAUUCAAGUGUGACUUGUGUCAAAAACCAAUAACAAAAAAGUCAUCCCUAAAAAAUCAUCUUGCAGCUCAUAUUUUAGGUAAUAAAAGAUUUAAGUGUGACUUGUGUCAAAAACAAAUGGUGUCUGAGGUCUUAAAAGGUCACCUCGCAACUCAUAUUGGAAUAAUAUUAUUCAAAUGUAGUAUUUGUGGGGCUAAAUCCAAUUCAUCCACAGCUUUGAAACGCCAUGAGAAAACUCAUUCUGAGAAUAAAAUAUUUAAAUGUAACUUUUGCAAGAAAAAAUUUACCCGUAUUACAUGCAGAAGAAUCCAUGAAUUAGUUCAUUUUAAAAAAGAAGAUGAAAUAAAAGCUGAAAAAAAAGCUUUAAGAGUUCAUGCAUUAAAAUGUGACAUAUGUCAAAAACAAAUUUAUGAUAAAGCAAAUUUAAGAUAUCACCUUGCAGUUCAUUGUGGAAUAAAACUUUUCAAAUGUCGCGUUUGUCAGCAAAAAUUUAGCUAUCCAAAAAGCUUAAGAGAGCAUGAAAAAAAACAUGGUGUGGAAAAACCAUUUAAAUGUCCAUUCUGUCUAAAAGGCUUUUAUCAUCUUUCAGAUGCUAGUUGCCAUAUGUUGAUUCAUUGUAGUAAAAAGCAACUUAAAUGUCAAAUUUGUGAAAAAAAAUUUUUUAGUUCCUCAAACCUAAAAUGGUAUUCAAUGGUUUCUUCUCUGAUUGAAUUAAAAAAGAUGAUUCAUUCUGAUAAAAUUACUUUAAUAUGUAACUUUUGUCGAAUAGAAUCAAAACAGUCCUUAAAAUCCCAAGAGAUGAUUCAUUCUGGUUAUAGAUCAUAUAAAUGUCACAUUUGUCAAAAAGAUUUUAUCCAUUUGACAACAUUUAAACGCCAUGAGAUGACACAUUCUGGCAUAAAACCAUUUAAAUGCCAGACUUGUCCAAAGGCAUUCAUUGAAUUCACAAACUUAAAGCGCCAUGAGAUGACUCAUUCUGGUCAUAGGCCAUUCAGCUGUCACAUUUGUUUCAAAGGAUACAUACAGUCAUCUAGCUUAAAACGACAUUUUAUAUUGCAUCAUUGUUAAAAACAUCAAUUAAAUUGUAAAAAGUGGGAAAAGAAUCCAUUCAUGUGUCUUGAGAUAUUUCAUUCUGGGGAAAACCUAAAAAUGUCAAAAUUAUGUAAAAUAAUCAUGUGAAACUGUAAGCUUAAAAUGUCAUAAAAUAUCUGAUUCUACAAUAUCUGUUAUUAAUUGAUAAUUCUGUUUAACUUCUACUCCUGGUUUGGACACCCACAUUUCCUUACUUUUCAAGCUACUGAUGUUUAAUGUUAAAAAUAUGACUCUGACACAGUGACGUAUUUAGAAAUUCAUCAUUUGGGGGCCCGACUUGACUUCUUUGGGGGCCUCUGCAUUUCGUGUAAUAUUCAAUGUAAAAAUCACUCAUUUGGGGGCCCCCUCGUGGGGGGGGGGGGACUGGGGGAUUUUCAAAUUCUCCCACGGCCCCUUCAUGUGGGGGCCUGGGGGGGUUUCAAAUUCUCCCCCACCCUAGCUACGCCUCUGCUCUGACAUAUCUUAUUGUUACAAGUUCACCCCUUACAGAAUAUCAAGCAUUCUUAGCCUCCAUCUCUCUAGAGUUCAGUGAAGAAAUAGAAUGCUUGUCUCAUUUCUGCCUUGGUCCCGUCUGCUGGGGCAUAGGCCACCAAUUAAAUUUUUGGUCUUUUCACAUCCUUAUACAUAACGGCUGACCAGUAGUAUUUCAACAGCCAUUAUUAUUAGGUCACAUUGAGUGUGCGUGGGAAAUCAAACUCUCUACAUAAUCUUAAACAAGAUUAGGGUCAAUGUAGAAGCUUGAAGAAUUUAUUAUAAGAGACAAAAAGGAAAUUCUUUGUACUAUAAUAUUCUAGAACCAUACGUAUAACUAUAGUGGUUGAAAGCCAUUGUUCGCUAUUGAUUGAUUAGUUGUUGGUCAUUGGUUCAAGUUUGUUGUAAUGGAUUAUUAUUAUUUUGUGAUGGAAUUUUAAUCAUCUGUAUCUUUACUGUGCUUUAUUUCAACUCUAAUAUUCUGUUUAAACAACCAUUGACCAAGUAACAGUUACUUUGAAUUAUUUAUUUAUUGAGUUGAAUUUGAAAACAUUAAACAUGCGUUAACGAUAACCA